GAGCCAGAGAGCGAGGCAGCUGGUAGAGUUGAGUUGUGUUUCCGCUCACUCACCUAGAAGAAGCCGAGGAGGACAAGGAACAAACGGAUCACUUUACUGACGGAACUACACGACGAAAACAUCACAUUUUUUACUAUUAUUUUUUACCACAUUCUAGUUUGGAGUUAUCGCCAUUAUUUUACCAUCUUUAAUGCCUUUAUUGUGAAGCAGAGAGAGGAGAGAGAGGACUCCACCGCUGGUAACCUUUACGUUGGUUAAGCCGUAGAGGACUCUCGCUGGUCGCCGGAGGAAAAGAUGUGCGAUGGAAUGGUAGCGUUUCAGACGAGAGCCCCGUCCUCCUCUUCCUCUUCCUCUUCCUCCACCUCCUCCUCCUCUCUAGCCCACAGGCUGGCUGCCUCCGCGCUUCUCCUCCUCUUCACCCUGCUCCCUCAUGGUCACGCAUCAGGUUGUGCGCGGCCACCCGGCGUGCAGCACGGAGACCUGCUGAACCAGACCGAAGCUAACCGGGGCUCCUUUCCCCCGGGCACCCUGCUGACUUAUGGCUGUGAGCCCGGUUACACUGCAGAUGGGACCACCACCAUCAUUUGUACCAGCUCUGGAGCCUGGUCCCAUCAACCGCCGCGCUGCAUCAGAAGCUCCGUGUGUUCGCCCCCCACUGAGCCAGAGAACGGCGGCUACCGCUGUCACCCGUCUCCCUGCCACCGCCUCACCCAGAAGACCGUCAUCGAGUACUUCUGCGACGAGGGCUACGCUCUGAAGGGGGACUACAAGUUCCUCACCUGCCAGAACGGCGAGUGGGACGGCCCCAUGCAAGUUAGCUGCCGACUCACACAAGGAGACAAAGAGCCGAGCUCUCCGCUAGGUAUACCCGCUCUGUCUAUUGUGGCGUCCACAGCGAGUUCUGUGGCACUCAUCCUGCUGUUAGUGGUGCUGUUUGUUCUCGUACAGCCAAAACUCAAGUCCUUCCAUCACAGCAGGAGGGAGCAGGGAGUCUCAGGCCAGUCCAGCUCCAUCAUGGUCGAGGGCGUCCAGGUGACUCUGCCCUCCUACGAAGAGGCCGUAUACGGAAGCGGCGGACCCUGCAGCGCUUCUGGUCCUCCUCCUUCCCCUUCUCCGACUCCUCCUCCGGCUCCUCCGGAGUCCCGGGUCCCGAUCGUGCUCUCCGAGGGUCUUCCUCAGGGAGCCAUGGGAGGCCAAGGCCCCAGCAGAGCCCGCCACCACAGAGACUUAGACUUCUGUCUCCCAUCCACGUCCUCCUCAUCGUCGUCCUUCUCCUCCCGCCGUCACGCAGAGACGGUACUGGUUCAUCAGGCCCCCUCUUCCUCCUCUUCCUCUUCAUCAUCAUGGGCUAGAGAUCACCCUGGGGGUGCAUGCGCAGGCCCCCUACCUCUCCGUAGAGACUCUGAGAGUAGCGAUCAGCACAGUCUGCUUUCUGUCACCUCUACGGAUGACUUCUCUGAUGAUAUCCCCCUGCUGAAGGAAGCAUGAAGCCUCCCAGCCCGCUAUCAGCGUCAGCAGCAGAGCCCUUAUUUCCCUAUCUGUCACUGCUGACCAGAACUGACUGUGGCUGUACUUCCCCCUUCGACUCCCCUCAGCAGAGAAAAGACUAGAACUGUGUCCCCGUCCUUCCCCAAUGCAACCUCUUCUGCCAUUGCUACCCAUGCAGAGCAAAAGCCAACGACGGAGCACCACUGGACCCAGCUGCUGGAUCAAACUAAAGACAAGCCGGACAAACAAAGUGGUGCCAGCUCAACAUAAAUCCUGUAGAUCCUAUGUAUAUGUAGAACAUACAUACCGAGUCAAGGUUGUGUACUGUAGGCUGUGUUUCACCAUACCUCCUCCUUCCUCUAUAUAAACAUUGCUCUCAGAGGCUUCAUCGGAGAAGGCUAUAGCAAUCGAGACACGUCGGCUCUGUCUGGGAUUACUGCGGAUAAAAAAAAAAAAACUAAAAAAACUUGUGAUGUUCGCUCCUGACGCCGUGGCGCUCAGAAUCGUCUUCCCGCUGUACUUGAAAAGUUGUGAGUGACGGCUGGGUUUUU